AUGGCCUCCAACGAUCCUCCCCCACCACCUCCUCCUCCCACCAAAUACACAAAUCUUGCAGACCCACAAAAUCCCUGUCGGCUCGAAACAUCUGAUAACCCAGGAACCAUCCUCGUCACCGAUCUUGUUCAUGUUGAAAAUUUUUCCACCUGGUCUCGUUCACUCCAACGUGCUCUUCGCGCAAAGAACAAGAUCGGUUUUCUCAAUGGAACACUCAGCAAACCUUCAAACCCGGCUGACCCUCUAGUUGACCUCUGGGAUAGAUGCAACGAUAUGGUUGUAUCUUGGAUCCAGAAUUCUAUAAGCCUUCCCCUACGCUCUUCGCUAGCCUUUGUUGACGAUGCCCAUGAUAUAUGGACUGAGUUACAAGAACGUUUCUCCCCACAAAAUGGACCCCGAAUCUAUGAACUUAAGAAAACCUUGGUUAAUUUGUCUCAGGAAAAUGAUAUUGUGAAUGGCUAUUACGGCAAACUCAAGUCCCUUUGGGAUGAACUAUCCAUCCAUGACCCACUACAUGUUUGUUCUUGUGGCUCAACCAAAACUCUCUCUGACCGCUACCAACGCGAUUGCGUGAUUCAGUUCCUAAUGGGUCUCAACGACUCCUACUCCAACGUCCGGGACCAGAUAAUGCUCAUUGACCCAUUACCUUCAGUCACCAAGGUAUUCUCGUAUAUCAAGCAGCAAGAACGACAUCGAAUGGUUACUUCCUCAAUUCCCCACCCAGAUUCUAUUACUCUAGUCUCUCGGAAACCAUCCCCUAACCCACCUUCUAAUUCUGGCAAUAAAGAUAAGCCUUAUUGUACACACUGCAAGAUUACUGGUCACACUUUGCAAACAUGCUUCAAAUCUGGAAACGCCGUUGCUCCAGUCUGCACCCAUUACGAGAUGACAUGCCACACCAUGGAACGUUGCUACAAACUCCAUGGGUACCCUCCAGGGCAUAAAAUGCACAAACCACGUGGGAAUGCCGUGUCCUUUGAUUCCCCUGUUUCUUGCAAUCAACCUGAUUCCAGUAAUUUCUUGACAAAGGAGUAG